AUGAAUAGAAUUAAUUAUCUUUUAGUACUUGUUGCAAUAGUAGCUGUUUUUGCGUCACUAGCAACUACCAGCAAUGCAUCCCCAACCAUGCCAGAAUCAAAGACCGCUACUACCGAAGAAGAAGGUGUAAAUAUGUGUAAAGGUUUAAAUGCUUUAUUGGAAUGGUAA